CAUCACACAACACACAACCUAGCUAGCGAGUACAAGGUAGUUGCUGCUGAUCAAUAUUGCACACCAAAUUGAAGGUCGACGAGGGUUUCAAGCAUGGCGUCCAAGGGUCUCAUUGUGUUUGCUGUCCUGCUGCUUGCUGCGUCUUUCCUCGUGGCCACAGCUGAACAAACUCAGCCCAAGAAGGAGGCCCAAGCCAGUGUUCAGGUCGGCUACAACGGCGGCGGUGGCGGUGGCGAGGGCGACGGUUACGCUGGACACGCCGGCGGAGGCAUCCGUUGCUGCCGGCACAACUGCUACAGGCGUACUAGCUGCCGCUGCUGCACCCCCGACGAGAUCGCGGAGGAGGUCCGCCACUGAAUGCUAGAUGCAGCUACCUGCGUACUAUAUAUAGGUACCAGUACUACCGUUGCUAGUUGCACGCACAUAGUAACUACUCUCUUCGUUUCUAAAUAUUUGUCUUUUUAGAGAUUUCAAUAAAUGACUGUAUACGGAGCAAAAUUAGUGAAUCUACGCUCUAAAAUAUAUCUAAAUACAUUCGUACAUGAUAGUUCAUUUGAAAUCUCUAAAAAGACAAAUAUUUAGAAACGGAGGGAUUACUCAUAUACAUGGUCAAUAAGGAGGUAGGUGCAUGCAUGCAUACAUGUAUGUAUGUAUGUAUGUAUGUAUGUAUAUAUGUACGUAUGUAUCUUGAUCCAAUACCAGGGCUCCGAUCUGGUCGUGUGUAAGAGUUAUCUUCCUUGCUCAAUGUACAGGCAACCCUCGUGUGUGCAUGUUAUAACAAAAAUCUCAAGCUCUUGUUUGAGAACCAUAUAGUGAAAUUUCCGUGUCCAUCUCAUGUUA